AUGGCGACGAAUUUCGAGUCAUCGGACAACGCGCGCGUGGAGUCUACUGUACACACCACGCAGCUCAAUGACUCGAAUGAAACGACAACCCCAGCAUUCGAGGAGAAACAGCCAGACACACAAGUCAACGAUGGCAUCCCACAAAGUGCACCAACGACACUUGAAGGCGGUCUGUACAGGCCUUCAUCUGGCGAAUUCCCCUCGGGCGAUUCAGCGCAUAGUGUCCCCGUGACUGUCGGAACGACCGAUGCGGAUGGCAACACCUAUCCUGAAGGUGGACUAGAAGCUUGGUUGGUAGUCUUUGGAAGCUUCAUGGGCCUCGUUGGCUCUCUUGGUCUGGUGAAUACCAUCGGCACACUACAGGCGUACAUUGAGAGCCAUCAAUUGAAGGACUACAGCUCUGGCAGCAUCGGGUGGAUCUUCGGCGUCUACGCAUUCCUGACCUUCUUCUGCGGCAUUCAGAUAGGCCCUAUCUUCGACGCUAAAGGACCCCGAUUUCUUGUCUGCGCCGGAGCUGUGCUGAUCAUGGCGAUGAUGAUCGCCUUGGGGUUUUGCACGCAGUACUGGCACUUCAUGCUAGUAAUAGGUGUUGCAGGGGGUAUCGGAGCCUCGUUGCUGUUUACGCCAGCAAUUUCUGCCAUCGGACACUUCUUCAACGAGAAGCGCGGGAUCGCGACGGGCAUCGCCGCAACGGGUGGCUCCGUUGGUGGCGUUAUCUUCCCCCUGGCACUGGAAGCUCUAUUCCCCAAGAUAGGGUGGGCAUGGGCAACUCGAGUCAUUGCUCUCAUUUGUCUCAUCACGCUGCUAGCAGCAUGCCUACUCAUCAAAUCCCGGUUGCCCAAGAAACCGGCGUCGAAAGAGAACGUUCUUCCCGAUUUCCGUAUCUUUCGGGAUCCUGUAUUCACCCUCACAACCCUGGGGAUCUUCUUUAUCGAAUGGGGACUUUUUGUCCCACUCAGUUAUAUCUCCUCCUACGCAUUGGAUAAUGGCGUCUCGACAAAACUGUCGUACCAAAUGCUGGCAAUCUUGAACGCUGGUUCGUUCUUCGGACGAGGUAUUCCUGGCUUUGUUGCUGAUUAUCUGGGCCGCUUCAAUACUCUCAUCGUCACUGUUGCCUUGUGUCUUGUAUGCAACGCAUGCCUCUGGCUUCCAGCGAGCGACAGUGUCCCGGUUAUGAUUGUGUACUGUGUCAUUUUUGGAUUUGCAAGUGGCAGUAAUAUCAGUCUUACGCCAGUCUGUAUCUCUCAGCUCUGCAAGAUCGAGAAUUAUGGCAGAUACUAUGCCACAGCGUACACGAUCGUCAGUUUUGGAACCCUUACUGGCAUGCCUAUCGCUGGUGUGAUUCUUUCCCGCUGCGAUGGGAAGUACUGGGGUCUCAUCACCUUUACGAUCUGCUGCUAUGCUCUUGGCCUUGUUUGCGUUACUGCAGCCAAAUUAGUCCGUGUCGGCUGGCGCCAGGCUCUCGUGAUCUACUAA